UAGGUAGGUAGAUAGGUAGGUAGGUAGGUAGGUAGGUAGGUAAUCAAAAGGUUGUUGUAUUUGGUACUUAGCAUUGGGAAAGUACAAUGAAUUUUUUUCUUAUGAAUAUUUUGGUGUCACAUCUUAAAAAAUCUUCAAAAUACUACAAAAAUUUUCUCCCUCUUUUCCCUCCUAGAUGUUUUUAAGAGUUUUAGCUUUUACAUGUAGGCCCAUCAUUCAUUUUGAUGGAUCUGACGAUUUUCAUACAUGGUAUGAGGUUUGUGUGGAGAUUCAUUUUUCCUCUACAGUGAAUUGUGAGCUUCCCAAAAUACUGCAUGUGUGUAGCAGUGUAUUUCUCAUCUGUUUUCUUUCCAGUUUUCUGUAUGCUUAUCCUUAGCUGGUACAGCACUGUCCUUAACCAAAUGUCAGUACACAGUGUGAGUCCUUCAAGUUUGUUCUUUUUCAGAAUUAUUUUUGGCUAUUUUAGUUCUUUUGACUGUAAGUCAUUUUAGUCAGCUUGUCAGUGUUAACAGAAAUUCUUCCAAAAUUUGGUUGAAACUAUGUUUAAUUUCACAAGUCAUUUUGAGGAGAGUUAAGAUCUUACCAGUGUUAAAUAGUCUCUCUCAUGAGUGCAAUGUAUUUAUGGAAGUCAUCUGGGUAUUCUUUGUGUUUUAUAUUUCUCAGUGUAUGGAUCAUACACAUUUUGUCAAAUUUAUUUUGUUGUGACUAGAAGUGGGAGCCAGCUCCCUGAGUAAUACCAGCCUUGACCAUGCAGCUGUGCCAGUACUGCUGUGUACCUUUGAAGGGUGUAUUAGUCAGAGUUCUCUAGAUGAACAGAACCAAUAGACUGAAGGAACUUACCAGAGUGGCUUACAGGUUGUGCUCUAGCUAUCUGAACAACUGUCACCCACUGGAAAGGCCAAGAAUGCAGUAGUUGUUUGAUCCCUAAGGUUGUAAGUCUCAGCUGGUGUUCUAGAAGGCUGUGUUGGAGUCAGGAAUGAAGUCCCUUCUAAUGCCAGCAAAAGGAUGACUCGGCACCAGCAGGAAGGAUGGACUUUCCAUCGGGAAUGUGAGCAAAGCCAAAGCUCCGUCCAUGUCCUUCUAUGGAGGUUGCAACCAGAAGCAUGGUUCUGAUUUAGGGCUUCCAGUAAUUAUCUCCAGGAUUCGCCAUGACCCCAGCUCUGAAGGAGGCAACAACAAAGGGUAUCUGCUUUUCAUCUUUGCCAAAUACCAUGGAAUCUGACAAGAUGCUGUGCAUGGAAAGUCCGAGAACUGUAGAUGAAAAGCUUAAGGGAGGAGACACUUUCUCCCAGAUGCUGGGAUUUCCGACUCCUGAACCUACUCUAAAUACUAAUUUUGUGAAUUUAAAACAUUUUGCCUCCCCUCAGGCUUCAAAACAUUUUCAGACAGUUCUUUUAAUGAGUUCUAAUUCAACACUAAAUAAGUAUAAUGAGAAUUAUAACCAAAAGAAAGUAAUGGAGGCCAACUGCAGUAAACUGAAAAACGUGCUGUGCAAUGGCAGCAGCAUUCAGCUCAGUAAGAUCUGCCCUUCUCGCUCCGAGAACGAGUUCAUCAAAAGGGAACUCUCGGAUACCACAAGCCAGUGCGUGAAAGAUAUACAGAUCGUUCUGGAUUCAAAUCUCACCAAAGACGCUAAUGUAGACAAACUACAUCUGCAAAACUGUAAAUGGUACCAAAAGAAUGCACUUUUGGAUAAAUUCACUGAUACUAAGAUUAAAAAGGGUUUAUUGCAAUGUACUCAAAAGAAAAUUGGAUCUAGCCACUCAGAUGUGCCUACUAGUUCCUCAGCUGCUGAAAAAGAGGAGGAAGUGAAUGCGCGUUUACUUCAUUGUGUGAGUAAACAGAAAAUGUUACUUAGCCAGGCUAGAAGAACUCAGAAACACUUGCAGAUGCUCCUGGCGAAGCAUGUUGUUAAGCACUAUGGUCAGCAGAUGAAAUUUUCUAUGAAACAUCAGCUGCCCACAAUGAAGAUCUUUCAUGAACCCACAACAGUUCUGAGUAACAGUUUACUUGAACACACUGAAAUUAAGCCAGAAGUCAAUAUAUUGGCUUCAGAGAAUAAGUUUUGGAAUGAUACAAACAAUGGCUUUUCUCAGUGUACAGCUGCAGAAAUCCAAAGAUUUGCACUGUCUGCUACAGGGCUGUUGUCUCAUGUUGAAGAGGGUCUGGAUUCUGACGCCACCGACAGCAGCUCAGAUGACGAGUUGGAUGAAUAUACCAUUAGAAAAAAUGUGGCAGUCAACUCUAGUACUGAAUGGAAGUGGCUUGUAGACAGAGCACAAGUUGGCAGCCGAUGGACUUGGCUUCAAGCUCAGAUUUCAGAGCUGGAAUACAAAAUCCAGCAGCUAACAGAUAUCCACAGGCAGAUUCGUGCCUCUAAGGGGAUAGUGAUCUUAGAAGAAUGUCAGCUUCCAAAAGACAUUUUGAAAAAACAAAUACAGUUUUCAAACCAAGCAGUUUCAUUAAACACUUCAGUGAAUUCUCAGGUUCCCCAGAGGUGUGAAGAGCCUUUACCAGAACACGAUUUUGAGAUGUCACCAAGCAGCCCUACACUACUUCUUCGAAACAUAGAGAAACAGAGUGCACAGUUGACUGAGAUCAUUAACAGUUUGAUUGCCCCUCUCAACUUGUCUCCAACUUCAUCACCCCUCUCUUCCAAAUCCUGUAGCCACAGAUGUCUGGCUAAUGGCAUUUCCAGAAGUGCUUCAGAGAAUUUAGAUGAGCUCUCUUCCUCCAGUAGCUGGUUACUUAAUCAGAAGCACAGUAAGAAAAGGAGAAAAGACAGGACAAGAUUGAAAUCUCCAUCCUUGGCUAUCAUGAGUACAGCUGCCCGAACAAGGCCCCUUCAAAGUUUCCAUAAGAGAAAACUCUACAGAUUGAGUCCCACUUUUUACUGGACUCCUGAGACUUUACCUUCAAAAGAAGCAUUUUUAAAUAGCACACAGAUGCCUUACAUGGGAUCACCUUUCAGUUGGGACAACUGGGAACAGAGUGCCAGGUCUCACCUGUUAAGAGAACAGGUUUCCAAACUCGAUUCCUCCUUCCACCCUGUUUUGUCAUUGCCAUCAGAAAUUCCCCUUCAUCUUCAUUUUGAGACCUUAUUCAAGAAGACCGACAUGAAAGGAGAGUUUGCUGAAAAUCAAUUUGUAGGUGACUGUCUCAUAUCACCGCCACCUGUACAAGGUACUUCUCUGAAUCAGUGGAGAAAUGGAUAUUCACCUAUAUGUAAGCCUCAAAUAAGGUCACAAUCAUCUGUACAACUAUUACAGGGAAGAAAAAAAAGACAUUUAAGUGAAACAGCAUUAGCAGGAGAAAGAACUAGAUUUGAAGAAUUUGCUUUUCAACAUUCAGAACCAGGAUCUCAUUGCAAUUUUACUGCUGUCUCUAAUGCCAAUGUCACAUCAAGAACCCAGAAUCCAUCCUCACAAAAUACUGCACGACGGAGGUUAAGAAGUGAGAGCUCUUAUGAUAUAGAUAACAUUGUGAUUCCCAUGUCAUUAGUAGCACCAGCCAAAUUAGAGAAACUCCAGUAUAAAGAAAUACUUACUCCACGCUGGAGGAAGGUUGUUCUUCAGCCCCUUGAUGAGCAUAACUUAAACAAAGAAGAGAUAGAAGAUCUUUCUGAUGACGUCUUCUCCCUAAGACACAGAAAAUACGAAGAGAGAGAGCAAGCUAGGUGGUCACUGUGGGAACAAAGCAAAUGGCACAGAAGAAAUAACAGAGCUUACAGUAAAACUGUGGAAGGGCAGGACUUGGUGCUGAAGGAACACUCAAGUGAACUUGGCAGUGCUCAGCACGGUACUGCAGAGAGUCCUUCUGAAGUCCCAGCAGAAAGCCACAGUCUGUGUGCUCAGGACUCCCUUUCUUUAAAUGAUGGUCAAGAAGACAAGUCUUUGCGGUGGGAGCGGCGAGCAUUUCCACUGAAGGAUGAGGAUACAGCAGCCUUAUUGUGCCAAGAUGAAAGAAAGGAUCAGACUGGGGGGGCAAGCACAGCCUCCCACGAUGAAGCCUUCUGUAGCACUACACCCGAGAGUGGCCACCCUCCAAAGAUGCAGUUAGAUGGGAUGGAAGAAUAUAAAAGCUUUGGUAUAGGAGUUACUAAUGUUAAAAGAAAUAGGUGACAGGGAACGUAUUAAGAAAAAUAUGUAACUGAAAGGAAAAGAGGAAAAAACCUACAACCCUCUCUGCUGGAUCCCCACCUCCUCUGGUCAAGGUUCCAGAACAGGAGGAAGUCCCACAUGUAUCCAUCUUUCACUGUUCAGGGAACAUGCCAGAAGUCUUCUUUUUCUUCCUGAAUCACAGAAGUAGCUAGCUUCUCACCUACACAAAUGCUAGUAACUUGUGUUUGCCAAUAAUACGAAUCACAAGCACUAAGAUAUUAACUGCUGCAAUUUGAUGACAAAUCACACCUCGGGGCAUUUGUGAGGUACGAGCCCCUCCCUGAGAGUACUGUUGAUUUGCAUCAAACGACAACUAUUCUUUGUUUCUAUUCUCAUGGCAGUUCACUAAAAUUGCCUCAAUAAUAUGAGAAUAUGCUAGUGUGUAUACAGAAUAUAUACACAUACAGUGCACACAUAUGUAGUCUUAAAACUGCAUGUAUGAUUUAUUCUAUGCAAUAUAAGUUGCCAUGAAUACCUAGCACAGGUGCUGACUUAUAGCAGACACCUGAAAGCUUUGACUGUGGAGAGGGAGUUGUUUUUUCUUUUAUUCUAAACAUUGCUUAACCAAUAUAAGUUAUUUAUGGAAAUUCUUAUAUUAGAUAUCGCAAUAUUCGUUUAUUUGAAAUCACUGUUCUCUCCUGAACUAACCACAGGCUUUCUGCUUACUCCUAACAGAAUUAAGAGAAGCAACUUAAGAGUUUAAUAUAUUGAUACAUUUAAAAACUAUUGUCGUUGGAAAUUCACCGAGUUCUACUUGCUUUAUGUACCUCUUCAUGACAGCAAUUUAAAAUGUAAAACAGCAUACAAAUAAUAAUAUGGUUGUAAUUCUAGCUAAUGAACAGCUAGAAGCUUCUAAUUUGGUUUUUCCUUACCACAGCUUACAUAAAUACCUAUGCUUACAGGCAUCCUAGAUCAAGAAUUCAAGUUUUCCAAGACCAAAACUUUAAUAUAGAAUACUGAGGAGUGUACAUUAAGGAAAAUUCUUUUUGAAGCCAUACCAUUUUUUUUUUCCUAGAUGAAAGUUAAGGACAAUUUGUAUCAACCACUUUUUGUUAUGCAAAGAAAGGUUACUCAAUUUGUAGUUCCCAUACUACUGAAAAUCCUGGCCACUGAGCUGGGACUCUAUGGGAUUAGAUACAUAAGGUUUUGUUGAGGAUUAGAAAUUAAACUGAUCCCUGCAGAAGGGGGGUGGGGAACCAUUUAAAUUCAAUACUUACAAACUUUUGCUUAUAGUUUUACUGUACAUUUAUUUUUAAAGAAAAAGAAUAACAAAAGCCAGAAAAAUACAAGUUGUCCCAACAAAUAAUUUCAAAUCUUUGUCAUGACUGAUAUUAUAACCUUCUACAUAGUUUUUUUUAAUUAAAGUUAUUUCUAUAUGCCUUG